AUGGCUUCUGCGUUCCCUACCGAGCUCGGAGCCCCGAAUGAGGAUGAGCAUACGCUGAUGAUAGACAGUGAGCCCUCAUGUGCCGCAAGCACCGAUGUCUCGAAUCUCCGGAGAAUUGGCUAUUACUCGCUCAGCACUCUGGAAAGGCCCUGUGAUGUCAUGGAGCCCGCUGAUAUUCCCGCGGGUGCCCUUACACACAUCAACAUUGCCUUCAUCCAGUUUACUGAUAAGUGGGAAAUUGAUGAUAGCAAGUAUGGCUCCCAGGUGGCUGAGAUCGCCUCACUCAAAGACUCGAAUAUGGGACUACGGGUUAGUAUCUCUGUUGGCGGGUGGGACUUCAACGACGGUUCCACAGCUACCUACUUCUCUGAUAUGGCCUCAACCUCGGCCAACCGUAAGACGUUUAUUGACAGCGUCGUGAACUAUCUGGUAAAAUAUGGACUGGAUGGCAUUGAGAUUGAUUGGGAAUAUCCGGUGGCCUCAGAUAGAUCCGGUACGGCGGCAGACAAGGAGAACUACGUUUCACUCGUCAAGGAGAUGCAGGAGGCAUUUGCUGCUUAUGACUUUGACCUGACGGUCACAUUGCCCUGUUCAUACUGGUACAUGCAGAAUUUUGACAUUGUGUCCAUGGAGAAGUACGUGUCGUGGUUUAAUGUCAUGAGCUACGAUAUGAAUGGUGCCUGGAAUGCCGAUAGCGCAUACAUUGGCCCAUAUAUGUAUGGGCUUACCAACCUGACUGAGAUCGAAGAGGGCUUCGAUCUUCUGUGGCGCAACAACAUCGACCCUGCCAACGUGGUCAUGGGAAUGGCCUUCUAUGGCCGCACCUUUAAGAUGGAGACGGAUGACUGCUACCAGAUUGGCUGUGAAUUCGAUACAACGGGCUCUGCUGGCCAGUGCUCGCAAACGGCUGGCAUUCUCAUGUAUCCAGGUACCCUUAUUGAUCAAAUCCGUUUCAAGUUGGUUCCGAGACAAGACUAA